AAAUGGAGAAGCUCCUCCAAGCAAUUCUUUUCUUGCCCCUCCUGCAGGAAAAGUAAAAGUGGAACAAGGAGGAGAGUUGAGCUUAGGCCUGUUGGAGGGCAGAGAAGCUCAGGAAUGUAAUGUUCCUGGAGAGGGGAAUGAGAAGGAGGAGGCCCACCAAGCAAUAGAGGAAAUGGAGACAAUAAAGAAACAGGGGGAAGGAGCAGGAGAGGAGAAGGUCUCUCAGGCAGAAGAGGAAGACUCUCUCUCAGAACGCCCCUUCCAGUGUGGUGUUUGUGGACGCAGCUACAAGCAUGCUGGCAGCCUGAUCAACCACAGACAGAGCCAUAAGACAGGCCUCUUUCACUGCAGCAUUUGCCAGAAGCAGUUCUACAACCUCAUGGCCCUCAAAAACCACAACCGCACCCACUUUGAAACCAAACGCUACCGAUGUACCGAGUGCCCCAAGGCAUUCCGGCUCCAGAAGCAACUGGCCAGCCACCAGCACAUGCAUUGGGACAGGAGGCCGGAGCCUGCUUUCCCCUCGGUCCAACGGCCCCUUCGGGCCAAGCGGGCUGGCAAGGCAGAGACCUUCCCGCUCCUUCGGGCCCCCGCUAAGCAGCUUCCAAACCCCGAAGAGCGUCCAUAUAGAUGCGGGCAAUGUGGGCGCUCGUACCGCCACGCAGGCAGUUUGCUCAACCACCAGAAGAGCCACAAGGUCGGGCACUUCACCUGUGCCUUGUGCAGCAAGGCUUACCCUAACCUCAUGUCCCUGAAGAACCACCAACGCAUCCACUACGAGGUGAAACGUCACCAGUGUCCCGACUGCGGCAAAGCCUUCAAGUGGCAACGGCAGCUGCAGAGGCACCAGCGCCGGCCCCAUCCUUGCAACAAGGUCAUGCCAGGGCAAGAGCCCGAAAGAACUAAAGCGGAUUGUGAAAAGGACCAGGGGAACAACCCCGGAGAGGCCCCCGCCGGGACUCUGCAGAGCCAGCCGCGGCCCAAACGCUUUCGCAACCACGCCUCCCAAAAGAACCCCAGUCGCGUGCGUGGAAAGAAACGUUUGGAGUGCUCGGAUUGCGGCAAAGCUUACCGGGCCUCCAGGGAUCUGAUGCAGCACCUAAGAAGGCAUCAAGCUGAGGAAAGAGGGGACAGUCCAAAAGGCAAGCUGCUGGAGGACCAGCCUUACAAGUGUCAUAGCUGUGAGCGGACAUACCGCCAUCCUGGUAGUCUACUAAAUCACAAGAAGGCCCACGCGACCGGACUCUACCACUGCCCCACUUGCCAGAGGGACUUCUACAACCUUCUGGCUCUCAAGAACCACCUUCACAUCCACACGGACAAGAGACGCCACAGAUGCCCCCAUUGUGGCAAGGCCUUCCGGACAGCCAAGCAGUUGACCGCCCACACAAAGGUCCACGGCAGGUCUAAGGAAGAAAAGACCUUCUCUUGCCCUGUCUGCUCGAAGAGGUUCUUCCACCACCUUACCUUCCAGCAGCACCAGUUGUUGCACACCAAGGUUGAUGGGCACCAUGCCCUUGAGGGCAGUAUCACAGGGGAAGGGAACUGAGGGCUGUUAGCACACGUGGGGAGGUGCACCCAGGAUUGUAUGGCAGGGAGAUCAAAUUACAGGGAAACAUUUGAGGUUUGGGUGGGAAGCUGGCUUCAUGGGAACAAUGGUCCACGCAACCAAAAAAAAAGGGAAAGGUUAAAUUUGGUGGUUGAUGGGAGAUAGGACGAAGAAAAUUGGGUCCAUGAUUCCCCAGCUUUUCUUUUUUUAGAACAUAGAUCAGAAAAAUUGAGCUGGGAUAGCAGGGAAGAGAGCAGGUGAGGUGGGACAGUGGUGGAUUUUCUCUUAACGGAACGUUACGUUGAGCACAUAACAACACAU